CGUAAUGUGCACGAAGUUAAAUAAUAUAUGCAAAAAUAUUCUUGAAGUGCAAAUACGCAUUUCUCGGCCAGCUUAGUGUAUUUUCGAAGAUCGGUGAGUUAGAUUGGAGAUCGGUAACGCUGCGAAUUUUCACUGACUCUUGCGAAUCUUUUAUCGUUGACUCUUACAACGUAAUGUACACUUUCCUAGGGAUACUAUAUAUUUAAAAAAAAAAUUUUUUUUACUAGUCUGUUGAUGAAAAUAAGAAUUCAGACAUUUUUCGAUUGGAAGCAGCAUAAAACACAGCUUAUUUUCGUUUCACCAGCGCAGACGUAACGCUUGCGAGCAUGCCCAUCCCAAGCUCUCUCUCUCUCUCUCUCUCUCCCCACUACUUCUUCUGUGAACACUAUUGUGACCAUGAUCAUAAAAAAAUAAAUACAUAAAUAAAUAUAAAAAUAUGCUUUUCCAGCCCAUAAUUCUUGCCGAUCAUUAAUCGUCUGUAGGGGGCAACCGUAAUUAACUUUAAGCGGUUCAUUAAUAUGUAAAGUGAAUGGUAAGCACGGAUUUAAGUAAAAUAUCCCAUAACAAAUCUAUAGAUCUUUAACACCGACAAUAUCAUAAUUUUCUGUUUAUUUUAUUUAUAGAUUUUAACAACGAUAUUUAGAAGCGUUGCAAGAAGUUACAACAUCAGACACAUUUGGCGACUAACGACAAUCGCGCGCUUACUUAAUGAUGUACAUUUUGGCGAUAAACUGGUGCAAGAAUAAAUAUAUUUGCAUUACAACGACAAGGAACAACGUGUUAAAGAAAUGAAAAAAACACGACAAAAGAUUGAGUAACAAGCUUAAAUCCAUGCGGUGAUAUGAACGUAACGGUAUGUUAGAAAAUCUAAGCGAAAAUAAAACUCCGUUUAAAAAUAAGAAAUUCAUAGGCAAACACCAUUAGGCAUAAAAAAUAGCUAUAAUAGCAAAAAAGCAAGAUAAGAUUAAACUCGCUUUAGGACGAGUUUUUGGUAUCCAUUAUUUUGAAGAUGCGUGCAUUAACAUCACAACUCUUUUAUACUAACAUCCAAAUGAUUAACGGUGUACCAUAUUUGUGCUAUUAAGUUCGUAGUCUUUUUAAUUACUGAAUUCUGAUCAUCUCCUUUUCUGCGAUCUCUUGGUUUAGAAAUUUUAAAAUACACGUAUAAAAGCCGACAUAUAAUAUAUCCGCCUUUUUAAUUAAAUGUUAUAAAGGCAAUUUUUGUUUACAAAAACAGCAACAAUCUAAUGAAACAAAAACUUAUGCACAAAUUUUGAAUUAUAGGAAACGUCGAUCUACAGCUUGAUAUAUAUAUUUAAGAAACGGGGUCUAAAAGGUUCAAUGGGGAGAUGAACGCAAUCCGUCAUCUAAAUCGUCCGCAUCUAAGCCAAACGAUUUACAAUUGUUGCGUUUAUGAAUAUUGUCCUCUUACUUGUUUGUAAUCUCGCCACAUUGCUAUCAAGUUAACACAGAUCAUAGAUUAUUGAUAAAUAAUGGCACCGUAUGUGAUGAUAUUGACCUUAUGUAAUUAGAAGAAACUUCCAAUUUGAUCACUCACUUCCUAAACUGAUCGCUGAGAAUCAACUACGUUUAUAGCUAAUAGGCUACAUAUCGAGUUUUCCGAUUAGAAAAAGGUUGCGAAAAAAACAAAAAAAAAAAAAAAAUGUGAAAUUAAUUAUGAUGUCGUUAUUGCUCACAAGCAAAAUCACAAAAUCGGCGUUCCCUCAUAUCUCUACGGUGGUCGGUGUAAAUAUAAUAAAUAGGUAUGAAAACAAACCGAAUAAAAAAAAUACAUCGACAUCAACGCUAGCGUUAGUAAAAACGACGCUUCAAAAUUAUUUACAUAUCAGUUGGUAUGAACAACUCAAAAUAAACAAAAAAAAAAAACAGCUUGGAUGAGCAUACACACAUGCAACGAAAUAUAAAAUGUGAAAGAAAACAACAAAAACGGCAAAAAAAAUAAAUAAAUAAAUAAAAAUUUUGAAAAAAGUGCGAAUCCGUUGCACCCUAUAGAUAAAUAUAUGAAAUUCACUCUUAUUAAGUGAAUAAAUUAAGUGGGUGCUAAUAAAUCGAUUUUCGCAUAAGAAGCAGAAGUGGGACGAAUUUUCAAUCGUACAAUAUUUCUUAAGUGAUGACGAAAGUGUGUGAAAAAUUGCUUGUUCCAAGAUUGCAUUGUUUUUUUCGUCGCUAUGUUGGCGGGUGCGUUUUAAGUGUGAAUUCGAAAUAUUUACGUGAAGUAAAAUUUCUUUGGAAAUUUUUGUGAUCUAGAGUAAUUUUAAAACCAUUGGACAUAAGGAAAACCCCUUUGAGCUCUCAACUUAUAUUGUUAUCUACAAGCGGCCGAAUUCUAAAAAGGAAAGGGGUUUCAUUUUCCCGUAAUAAAAACAAUAAUAAAACAAAAUACCAAAAACAUUUAACGAAACCAGUAUCUGUAAUAAAAUCCACAAUAGCAAAAAGUAAAAUAACAUAAAUAAUAUAAGAAAUGUAAUGGAAUGUAUUAGAGUACAUAAAAAAUGGAUUUCAAUUGCCUUUUUAAGGCUAUACUGAUCCUAUAUAUCGUUAAAGCUGAACACAAUUACAUUGCUAAUGGUUUGGAUCUACAGGGACCGAUAUUUCUUCAUGAACCGUCGCAUCGUGUGGAAUUUUCUAACAAUUCCGGCGGUCUUAUAGAAUGCUCAGGUCAUGGCAGCCCACCACCCGAGGUCGAAUGGACACCUGUACCACCACAACAAGAUAUGGUAUUCACCCUAUCAAAUGGCAGUUUGAUGUUUUACCCAUUUUCAGCCGAGAAAUAUCGUCAUGAAGUUCACGCCACUGUUUAUAGAUGCAAACUGCGUAAUUUGGUGGGAACUGUACUUAGUAGGGAAAUCCACGUUAGAGGCGUUGUCAACCAGAAGUAUACGGUCCAAGUGCACGAUGAAUACGUGAUGACGGGCAAUACAGCGGUACUGAAAUGUCAAGUGCCAAGUUAUAUGUCAGAAUUUGUUAUGGUCACCGCUUGGGUUCAAGACACCGGUAUGCAUUUAUAUCCCAACACAGAUAUUGGUGGCAAAUACACUGUUCUGGCUAAUGGUGAAUUGUACAUAAAUAACGCUGGCACCAAUGAUGCGUACAAAAGCUAUACAUGCCGUACUGUAAAUAGAUUAACGGGUGAAAUCCAAAUCUCAACAUAUCCUGGUCGGAUUAUUGUUACUGAGCCGAAAGGUAUGGUCCAGCCGCGCAUUAAUGUUGAAAAACAUUCCAUGCGUCAUGUUGUGCUUAAUGGUCAAACAACGUUACCAUGUAUUGCGCAAGGACAUCCAGUGCCAACAUAUCGUUGGUUUAAAGAAGAAAACGAGCAACUACUACCACUACAAUUAAGUGAACGCAUCACGAUAGUAUCGGCCGGUUUGCUGAAAAUUACAAAGGCACGUCUCGAGGACAGUGGUAAAUAUCUAUGUUGGGUGAAUAACACUGCCGGUGAAGAGACUAUACAAGUAUCAUUAACUGUUACAGCUCCUUUAACAGCACAUCUUCAGCCUCAAGUGCAAACUGUAGAUGUUGAUAAGGAUGCGCAGUUUCAGUGCGUUGUGUCCGGGCACCCAGUGCAAGAUGUCAAUUGGUUGCAUGAUGGUAAACCAAUAUUACGUGAUAACCGUAUCGAGAUUCUCACCGAUCCACCAAGACUGAUUAUUAAAAAAGUACAAAAAGAUGACCCUGGCAUGUAUCAGUGCUUCGUAUCAAAUGAAUGGGAACAAAUACAAUCUACAGCCGAACUGCAAUUGGGUGAUGCCUCACCGGAAUUGUUAUAUUGGUUUUCAGAGCAAACCUUACAACCAGGUCCAACAGUAUCCUUGAAAUGUGUAGCAACUGGCAAUCCAUUGCCCCAAUUCACAUGGACUCUUGACGGAUUUCCGAUACCCGACAAUUCACGUUUUUUGGUCGGUCAAUACGUUACUAUACAUGAUGAUGUCAUCAGUCACGUAAAUAUAACAAAUGUGAAAGAAGAGGAUGGCGGAGAAUACACUUGCGCAGCACAAAAUGCAAUUGGCAAAGUAUCUCAUAGUGCUAAAGUAAAUAUCUAUGGUCUACCGUAUAUACGUGAAAUGCCCAAGAUUACAGGGAUUUCUGGUUCGGAUUUGAUUGUCAAAUGUCCUGUGGCUGGGUACCCAAUCGAUAAAAUUCACUGGGAACGAGAUGGUCAAACUCUACCCAUUAAUCGUCGUCAAAGAGCUUACAACAAUGGGACUUUAAUUAUUGAACAACUGCAACGAUUAGAGGAUGCGGGCACUUAUACGUGUAUGGCGCAAAAUAAACAAAAGCAAACAUCGCGCCGCAAUGUGGAGAUACAGGUCCUAGUUCCACCGAAAAUUAUGCCCAUUCAAGCUAUGACUAAUAUGCUGCGUGAGGGCAUGAGAGCGGCCAUUUCAUGUCAAAUAUUGGAAGGGGAUUUACCCGUUAGUUUCAGAUGGGAACGCAAUGCCAAACCUUUGAUAGGCACUGGCAAUGAGGUAAUCAGGCGUCUUGAUGAGUACUCAGCCAGUUUAGUUAUUGAACACAUAACCUCGGAACAUUCUGGUAACUACACCUGUAUAGCACAAAAUAUAGCAGGCACCGAACGAUUUACUGUUCCCUUAACUGUUAACGUGCCUCCUAAAUGGGUAUUGGAACCGAAAGACUCGAGUGCACAAGCUGGUCAAGACGUUUAUCUUCACUGCCAAUCAUCAGGUUAUCCUAAGCCAAGCAUCACUUGGAAGAAGGCCAUCGGCCCUACGCCGGGUGAAUACAAAGACUUUUUGUAUGAACCCACCGUUCAGUUAUUCCCAAACGGUACAAUUUAUUUUAAGAAAAUCAGCAAAGAAUCUCAGGGUCAUUUCCUUUGCGAAGCAAAAAACAAUAUCGGUUCUGGUGUGAGCAAAGUGAUAUUUUUGAAAGUGAAUGUUCCAGCCCAUUUUCAAACAAAAUCAAAACAAAUAUCCGUUCCCAAAGGCAAACAAGUUCACGUCCAGUGCAAUGUUCAAGGUGAUAAUCCAAUUGACAUUAAAUGGAAAAUUCAAGCAACACAACAGUACUUGGAUGAAUCUCUAGACUCUAGAUACGCAAUACGUGAUCAAAUUCUGGAUGAUGGCAUGGUUUCAGAAUUAGGUAUUUCUCACACUUAUCGACAAGAUACUGGUAUUUACAUAUGCCAGGCCAGCAAUGCCUUCGGCCAGGAUGAGAUGUCUUUACAAUUAAUUGUGCAGGAAGUUCCAGAACAACCAAAAAAUUUGCGCAUAAACUCACAACAAUCUCGCAGUUUACAGCUAACGUGGAGUCAGCCGUUCGCUGGUAACAGUCCUAUCGAGGAAUAUCAUAUAUUUUAUAAAAUAAUUACAGAUAUUUGGCAGAAUGCUGAACAUAUCACAAUUACUGGCUCACAGACGGUAGUCAACAUUGCUAAUCUGCGACCAGCCAAAGCUUAUCAUAUUCGCAUGUCGGCAGAAAAUAAAUUGGGUGCCUCUGAUAAUUCUGAAGUGGUGCAGGUAACCACAUUAGAGGAGGUGCCUUCCGGUCCUCCUUUAAAUGUUCGAGCCGAAGCCAAAAGCUCUUCUGAAAUAUCAGUAACAUGGGAUGCACCAGAACGUGAUGAUUGGAACGGUAUUCUGUUGGGUUACUAUGUGGGCUAUCAAAUGUCAUUAUCGCCUGAAGAUAAGGAAGUGAAUCCUACACAAGGUUUCAGUUUUAAAACUGUUGAAGUGCGCUCUCAUUUUGGCGGUGAGACUGUUCUAACGAACCUUAACAAAUUUACACAGUACCACAUCAUUGUGCAAGCCUACACUAGUCAGGGUAGCGGGCCACCCAGCAAAGAAAUUGCCGUACAAACAUUGGAAGAUGUGCCAUCAUCACCUCCUGAAAGUCCACAGUGUGAUGUAUUAAGCUCAACAUCAAUUUAUAUAACAUGGUCACCGCCUGACAUUGAUGGUCAAAAUGGUAAAAUCAAAGGAUACAAAGUCUUCUACAUAACAAUCGAUGAAUUGUACGAAACUGAUCCGGAGGUUGUGAAAUCAACAAAUCAGUACGUUACCAUUGAAAAUCUCCACAAAUACACCAAUUAUUCUGUUUGGGUUUUGGCCUACACAAAAAUAGGUGACGGAGCGAAGACAAAACCAUUCUAUUGCCGCACUCACGAAGAUGUGCCUUCGGCCCCGCAAGCAAUCAAAGCUAUACCAGCGUCAAGUACAAAAAUUAUUGUUUCAUGGCUACCGCCGGAAUUUCCAAAUGGAGACAUUACCGGCUACACCUUUUAUAUGUCGAUGUUAGAAGGCGGUAGGGAAGAAGGUACACAUAAACGAGUUCUGGGUCCUUAUGUGGAAAUGCACGAAACACAGCGAACUCAAGAGUCCGCCACCUAUCAAUUCUGGCUGACUGCCUCCACUAAAGUAGGCGAAGGUGAAAAAACACAAGUAGUGACAGUACCGCCCAAUAAUAAAGUGCCAGCACGCAUUGUAUCGUUCAGUCAACGAAUAAUAAGUCCAUGGAAAGAAAAUUUAGAAUUGCCUUGCCGUAAAGUAGGCUCGCCGGCUCCCGUCACUAUAUGGCGUCAAGACGGUCACAACAUGGAAACUAGCACACGAAAAACUAUAGCGAAAAAUGGUACACUUUAUAUACGUGAAUGUCAAGCAACUGAUGCUGGUAAUUAUACCUGCAGCGUAGAGAAUACUUGGGGUAAAGACGAAAUCGUCUAUAAUAUUAUAGUGAAGGUACCGCCAGAAGCACCCAAUUUAACUGUAGUUAAUACAUAUACGGAUAGUUUACACUUGGAAUGGACCGACAAUAGUCAUGGUGGUAGUCCAAUUUUAGGUUACGUUAUAAAUUAUAAGCGCGACAAUGGUGAUUGGGAAGAAUUGCAAGUAGACGCAAAAACUAAUUCGCAUUUGCUAACUAAUCUUUGGUGUGGUACUCGCUACCAACUAUACAUAACAGCUUACAAUAAAAUCGGCACAGGUUUACCGUGUGACAUUGUGAACUCAUAUACCAAGGGCAAUCCACCCGUACAGCCUAAGCAUUCACAAAUGAUAACUAAUAAUUCAACAAGUGUUACAUGUUGGUUGGAUUCUUGGGGGGAUGGCGGUUGUGGUAUCUUAUAUUUUAUGAUUGAGUCACGUAUUUAUGGCAGAUCUGCUUGGAAUGUGGUUUCUAAUCAUAUACCACCAACAGAACGUAUUUAUACUGUUAGUGAUUUGGUUCCUGGAACGAAAUAUCAACUUAAGGUAACAGCGCACAAUAAUGCCGGCUCAACAACGGCAAUUUAUAAUUUUACGACCCUAUCACCACAGGGAGUUAUUUACUCAACUGAUCAUUCAGACCCCGUUUCUCGUUUGAGCGAUGGUCCCUUCUACGCUAACUUCAAGGUAUUAUUACCUGUUUGUCUAUCUAUGAUUGUCUUGCUAAGCUUAAUAGCAGCGAUCUUACUAAUAAGGAAGCGAAAAAUGAAUACUCAAGGACGUUUGGCUUCAUCAUCGAUGUCAGAGUCGCCUUCUUUGACAAAUUUACAAAAUAAACAAAAUCGUGAUCAACAAUAUCUAGCAGUGAGAUGUAAUCCAGGCAGUGGUCAACCACGUGGCUCCAAUUCAAAUGAUUCCGGAAGUUUUGGCAAAGCAGAAGGCAAUGAGUAUAUCGAAGAUAUCUGCCCCUAUGCUACCUUUCAACUAAACAAACAGACCUAUAGCGAAAGUUCGUAUAGCGGUAAUGUGUACAGUGGCCCCUAUCAUUCAGUCAGAGGUUCAUUUGUUUACCAUGAUGUGAAACCCGAUAGUUACCAUAGCAAAGAACCUGAAUAUACGAAAGUUAGAAGAAAAGUGGGGCGUCUUAGAGAUCCACACUCUGAAAGCCAAGAAUCGGACAAUCCAGGCUCAACAGAUUCCGAAGUUAGGAAAAUCCUAACACUUCACAUACCAAUUACAGAAUAUGACACUCUUGGUUCCGAAUCGGACAAUGAUGUGUCGGCACGAGCACUCAAUUCUGCCAAAUAUAGAGCACAAAGAGAUACACAAGAUGAGACAUCGUCUUCAUCGGAAACUACACCGACAAGCAUGUCACGUAAAUCGAAACCACCAUUUGCUUCUAGAAAAUCUGGUAAAACAGGAACUAGCGGCAAGCGUCACGUACGCAGCUCUAGUGGAUAUUCCAGCCACAACGAAGAAACUACCUUUAGCAUAUCGAACUAUCCUCCCAACUAUCAGGAUCACAUAAAUCCACCGGCCCGUUUUUCCGACAGCAAUGAAAAAUCGAAAACUCAGACAUCGCCACGCAUUCGUGCCAAUUCAAAGUUGCAAAGAGAAACCUUUCAAAUAAAUGUUUAAAAGCUUUUUUUUUUUAUUUAUUUCGUGUUGCUAAACAACUCUGACCAUUUAACAUGACAAGGUUUUUGUAAACUUUCUCUUUAUCGAAAAAAAAAGAUAAAUAUAUACAUAAAAGGGUUACGUAUAUA